AUGACGGCCGACCUCUCCCUCCUCCUCUCUCCCGCUCCCUCCCUCUCCUCCUCCUCCCACUCAACAGUCCCCUCCUCCCGCUCGCCCUCCCCCUCCCCCGACGACUCCUUCGCCUCCAUGGCCGCAAACAUCGCCUGCCUCCUCUGGUUCUCCCCCACCCACCUCCUCACCUCCUCCCUCGCCCUCGCCCGCUCCUCCUCCCCCUCCCACUCCCCCUCCCGCCGCUGCUCCCUCUCCCCCGUCUGCAUCCCCUCCCCCGAGUUCAAGUCCUUCGCCGCAGCCAUCCUCGCCCGCACCCAGGUCUCAAACACCGUCGUCGCCUUCGCCCUCCUCUACAUCUUCCGCCUCAAGCUCUGCUCCCCCGCCAUCGUCGGCACCCCCGGCUCAGAGUACCGCGUCUUCACCAUCGCCCUCGUGCUCGCAAACAAGUUCCUCGACGACAACACCUACACAAACAAGACCUGGGCGCAGGUCUCGAAACUGCCCGUCAACGAGAUCGCCGUGAUGGAGGUCGAGUUCCUCAGACACGUGCGCUACUCCCUCGCCGUAUCAAAGCAAAAGUACGACGACUGGGGAUCGACACUCGCGUGCUUCAUCAACCUCCGCAAGUCCGCCCGGUUCGCAUGUCUCUCCGUGCCGUCCUCGCCCGUCUCCGUCGUGCCUUCCCUCCAGCAGCAGUUCUUCCCCUUGCCCCCCCACCGGCACCAGCGCCUGCCUCCUCCCAUCCUCCCUUCCUCUGCAGCAACAGCAGCAGCUGACCUGCCCAUCUCCCACAAGCGCAAGUCGCCGCUCGACAACGACCUCUUCUCCCUCUCCCCCAUCUCCCCGUCCUCCAAGCGCUUCGCCCCGGACGCCCUCCGCCAACCCCCCUCCCAGCGCCGCCGUCUCUCGGCAACCUCCUACUACAUCUCUCCCACCACCCCCGUCUGCUCCUCAGACAUCAACCUCAACCUGAACUUCAACCCCACCCCUCCUCUAUUCGACAACUCCAUGGCUACAAUCUUCCCCCCUCUCCUACCAAAGCCCCAGCAAUUCCUCCCUCCCCAACCUCCCCUCUCCCUCCCAGCAAUGACCCCAAUCCCCACCCCUCUCCGUCACCACUCCAUCUCUUCAUACCGACAACCCCCUCCCCCCCCUCCUCCCCCUCCUCACCGCCCUCUCCUCGCAGAGAACACAUAUGCGCAACAACCGAUGACGCGGGUCCCUCCUCCCCCUCCUCACCGCCCUCUCCUCGCAGAGAACACAUAUGCGCAACAACCGAUGACGCGGGUAAACCCAUUCGUCUACCCCGUCGUCGACAAGUUCUACGUCCCUAUCCCCCGCCUCGUCGCGGCGCGAAACCAGUUCUUGGUUCCCCCUCCCCCGCCGCCGCCGUCUCUGCCAUCUCAUUCGCAGCAGACAUACGUCUAUCCGCCUCUGUGA